GCCCGCUUCUUGCCACGCUUCUUGUCCAUCGUAAUACUGAGGGUUGCACCUGCCGUGAAUCUGCGUAGACAUUUCUUCGCUGAGUUGUAAGCCGUCGCUGCACCUGCACACACACAGCACCUGUUCUGCCUUUGUGUCCUUCGCUGCACUGCAUGGCUCCAAAUCGACAAUGCCUACACCGUUAACCCGACAUCAAUGUGGCAAGAAAAAAACCGAUGGAUCUUUCAGACUUAGCUUUCCCACGUAGGUCUCUUACCGCUUUCUGUCCAUCCGCCUGAGGCUCAAAGCCCUGUUUUCUCCUGGAGAGGCGAAACCCUUUCCGACCCGACACACUGGGUACUGGUGGAAGUAAAUGUGUGGUGUAGACACCAUUUCUACGGCUUCUCUGCAACGUUCUGAUCUUUUGGACUUUACACCCGUUUUGCAGCAAAAAUGCCUCAGUCGAGGCGACGAAAGUCGCAACGGGGGUUGCCAGGUCGCGGUAGAGCAACCCCCCAAAACAUAGGUAACCUCCGAUUUCUGUCUAGCGUGGAUACAACGCCCGCGGCCAAGGAAGAGUUCCCGUUAACACCAACACCCCCUUUCGCCCAUCCAUCGCUGAAGCAUCCGCCACGUAUCUCUCAGACAGCGUCUACUGCUGUUGAUGACGCGAGUGCUUCUCAGGAGGGAAGUCCAAUAUUGCCUACUUUCUCUCCUUCGUCCACUGACUCUUCUGUUGCGCCUUUUCCUAGUCAAGCAGGGUCUCCGUCUCCACGGUCAACUUCUCCCUGCGCUGUCGAUUGUGAAAACGUCCGAAGACGUGUGCAGACACCGGAAUCUCGCAGUGAUUCCUGCUGGAAGAAUCGGGACAUCCAACCGGACGACAACGCCCACUCAACAUGGACCUUGUCUCCCAGCAGUCUCCCGAGUCCUGCCACAGUUCUCCUGUCUUGCGGCGCGGUGGUACUCACAUGGCUGCAAGAUCCCAUCCUGUCUCUUGUCGCCUCGGCCGUCACUGCAGCUGCCCCGUCUCUGUCUGUUUCCGGAGCUUCCGACGCAGACCUUGCAGCUGGAAUAGACAGAGAAGCUACGAGUCGAAAUGUGGCAGUGGCGUCGGUCGGGGUAAGUGGCCAGCUUUGCGAUGGGCUGGCUGCUUUGACCAUCGGCAUUGGUAUUACAACGGCGGUUUUGUGUUCGUCAGCCUCGAAAAAAGAAGAAUCUUGCCCGACAAAGGCCGGGAGCGAGACCUCUACUCGGAGCCCGACCAGGUCACUUCUUUCUGAUCCACCAAAGGGUUUUAUGUCUGUUCCAGGCUCACCGCGCUCGGGAAAUGGGAGCGCAACGGCCAAGCUUGGGGUCAGAAAACACGGCGGUGACUUUGAAGCGGGAGAGAAAACGGCGUCCGUUCAAAGCCCGCAUGCGAGGACUGACAACCUAGACCUCGUCUGCCUCCGAACAUGCAUUGUAGGCGUGUGGAUAAGUGCAUACACCGGAGCACUUCUGAGUUUGCUCCUCUGGUUGACAAUGAGCUCGUUGCUAGCUUUUUUCUUUUCGGCGUCUUCGUCCCAUCUUCUUCUCUUUCUUACACGCAAGUGCAUUUCGCUGCGGUUGCUCUCACUUCCAUUCUCGAUUAUUUCUCUCACGGCAAAAGCCGCUCUGCUGGCCCUGCGGGACCCCCUUCCUCCUGUCAUCUCUGCGGUUGCUGCAGCUGCCUCCAUCCCUCUUCUGCUAACUGCGAGUUUCUUCUCUCAUUACAUGUGCUCUUUCGGCGACACCGCGUCGUCCUUUCUUUCCUCAGCGGAGACGAGCGAACUGCCUGUUUCCCUGUCGUUAGAGGAGGCUUUGCGACCCUCUGAAGGAGCGUUCCAGAACGGCCUGACUCCAGCGGAAGUGGCGGAUUACCACAGGAUCCGGUGCAUUGUCGUGGCUGUGGUUUUUACUCAAAUAAUCGUGGCGCUUGUUCUUCUCGUGCGUCUUUUUCAACGGACGCUGGCCCUAGUCCGAAGUCAACGAGAUCGUGGGAUGGAAAGGAGCGGAGAGGAGGCGGUGAAAAACACGACCUCGCUCGAGAAGGGCGAGUGGGUGAACGAAACAAACCAAGUGCUCCACCCGAAUCUGGAAGGCGGGAAGGAAACCGUCUGUCGAAAAGGCAGGGACGAACGAAGCCUCUUAGUAGCGUUGCUACAGCUUCCGACGAAUAGCGAGCUUCUCGAGUUCUCCCCAUUCCUCGCGAGCUGUCUGGUCCAGAGUACUGUCAGAGUCGUUCUUUACUCCACUAUGAUGAAAGUCUCCGCAUCGUGGGGAGUCAAAGCCCUAGCGGCUUACCAGGUUGCCUCGAGUGUUUACACAGUUCACGGUCUGCCGUGCGAAGCGUUAACGCAAGUCACCCAGUCCAUUAUCCGAAAUGCAGAGUCUCUCGUGUCGGAAACCAGUUGGCCCACAUCGGGGGAAGCGACGUCGGCAGGUGGUUCUCCAGAGCCUACGAGGGAAAACGAAGGCCGCGACCGUUCCUGUUUCGUGUCUGAGAAAAGUCCAGCCACGCAGAGUAUUCUUUGCGGUGGUGAGAGUCCAGUGUGCGGAAUAAAACAUACUCCGCAGGACUUGAUCGCGCGUCGAGCUUCAGUCAUGCGUCACGUCCAUCGCCGGUUACUUCGCACGGCGGGAUGGAUGGGACUCGGUGCCGCAGUGUCGGCUGCGUGCGUCGGCUUCUCGUUCUGCCUUCGUUUGCAAUCGUCGAGCCGAGGUUUGGCGGCGACUUUGCUGGGGCUCUGCCUCGCCAGCACGCCAGCGCUGGCGCUUGUGCCUGUCACUGCGGCUCUCGAGGGUCUUCUGCUUCACGCGAAGCGCCUGCGGACUAUCGCCUGUGCGUACUUAGUUUCUCUGCCCCUACCGCUGCUGCUGCUCCUGCAUUCACAUGUCUCGAAUAGCGGCGAAGAUUCUCACGCUCCCUCGGCUGCCGACAAGCUUCCAGGCAUACCAGGAGAAAGUGACGCCGGCGACGCUUACAACGAUACCCCAGUCUACGGUGUGGCUAUCGUCUGGCUCUUGCCACUUGUGUAUAACUUAGGAAGAGCCGGAGUGUACGGCCUCGCGUGGUGCCGCGCGCGAUACGAAGCUGAAGUGGCCGAAAAGGACUGUCUGGCUGUCCAACACAGUAAAGGAGAUGCCUUGUGUUAGUGGCGACUUUGCCGCAUGCGUGUCUGUGACGCAUCGGGCAGUAACCCAUCUGUGAAAGGCACGAAGACCAGGGCAGUGGAAGGUGACGAUAUUCAGACUCUGAGAUAAAGCGUUUCCAGCCGCCCCGUGGGUCGAGUGGGAAACUUGUUUGAUCUUGGCGAAACCAGUUCUGUAGGUUACAAAUCUGUGUGUAAGUGCAGGUCAGAGUGCUUGCCUCAAGAGAAGAACAAUGUCUGAGACACUAAAUGUACUUUGAGAUCUUGUCUCGGUUGUUGGGUAGUAUCGUUUCUUGGUUCACGCGAUAUCCUUUGGCGUGGGUAUACUCGUUUCUGUUGUCCGUCACCGAGGCAAGCGGAUGGGCUCCUGAGGCGUUCAAGUGGUUCCCUUUUGUCCGUAAAGGCACUGCCAUACAGUGUUGACGGGUUUGCGCUUUGGAAUGCGCUGGCUCUGGAGCGAGAAAACUCUAACCACACCGCGGGAGCUUCAGCGUCUUCUACACUGAC